CAACAUCACAACACCAGAGCGUCAAAAAUACCGCUAGAAGUCGGAUUGUGAUGUUUUAGUUUAUGUACUUUUUUUUUGUUAGACUUAUUAUUAUUAUUAUUAUUAUUUGGAAACAUGAUCAGAAAUCUUUUAUAAGACCCGGCUGACUUUCAAAAUAAUAAUAAUAAUAAAAAAUAAAAAAUAUAUGUGUGUAUAUAUACAUAUAUCUAUUUUUUUAUUUAAAUAUCCUGAAAUCCAGGAUCGAUAGAAGCAUACAGCCUUGAGGGAUACCGUAGCGCGUCAUCAUUGACGGGCUCGUGCCAGCCGGUAGAGUGGAGCGGGACGUGGGCUCGCUGUCUGCGGUGAGCGGCUCUGGCUCGGUGUCGGUGUCUAUACCUGUAUUAACGCUGUUCAAAGACAGCAUGGUUGCGGGAAAAGGCGUCGUGAAAGCCUCGCUCUGGCAGAACGAACGUGUGCGCUUCUUCGUCUGCUUUUUCGGAGUGUUCGUGUGUUACUUUUACUACGGAAUCCUCCAGGAGACCAUAACACGAGGAGACUACAGCCAGGGGGAGAAAAAGGAAAGGUUUCACUAUGCCACUACACUCGUGUUCAUCCAGUGUAUCAUCAAUGCUCUUUUUGCCCGAAUCUUGAUCCAGUUUUUCGAGGGCUCCAGGCCGGACCACACACGGAGCUGGCUCUAUGCAGUGUGUGCUCUGUCCUAUCUGGGAGCCAUGGUGUCCAGCAACUCUUCUCUGCUUUAUGUCAACUACCCCACCCAGGUUUUAGGGAAAUCAUGUAAACCUAUCCCAGUCAUGAUCCUCGGUGUGACCAUUCUGAGGAAGAAGUACCCAAUGGCCAAGUAUCUGUGUGUGCUUCUGAUUGUCAGUGGUGUGGCACUUUUCCUCUACAAACCCAAAAAAGGCUCCACCUCUACAGAUGAACAUGUGUUUGGCUUUGGAGAGAUGCUGCUGCUCCUCUCCCUGACUCUGGAUGGUCUGACAGGUGUAGCUCAGGAUCACAUGAGGGGUCGUUUCCAGACAGGAGCCAAUCACAUGAUGCUGAAUGUGAAUCUGUGGUCAACACUGAUAUUGGGUUUGGCUGUGUUGUGGACCGGUGAGGUGUGGGAGUUUCUAAGCUUUGCUGAUCGCUACCCCAGUGUCAUCUACAACAUUUUGCUCUUUGGUUUCACCAGUGCUCUGGGACAGACCUUCAUCUUUAUGACAGUUGUGUAUUUCGGGCCCCUCACCUGCUCCAUCGUCACAACAACAAGGAAGUUCUUCACCAUCCUGGGCUCGGUGCUGUUGUUUGGGAAUGUCAUCACACCCUUGCAGUGGCUUGGGACUGUUCUUGUUUUCCUGGGUCUCGGCUUGGACGCCAAGUUUGGCAAAACACCCAAGAAGACAACACACUAAAGCACAAAGAAAACAUGUGUGUAAGCAUGUACUGUACUCAUGGACAGAAAACUUGAAACGGCUAAUCUGAAAAACAUAAUGUAAUUAUUUUUAUGCUUUUUUUUUCACCAACGAAUGGCUGAAAAAGAGGUUGACUGGAUAGUAAUAGAUGGUAGAAAAAAAAGAAACUAAAACCAUCUGUCAAAAUACCACACACUACUUUUUUUUUUUUUUAACUAUACUUCCAGGGAGUUUAGAGGGCAUUGAGCAUGAUAAGAUUAGAUUUUACACACUUCAGACAGCAAUUCAAAUCCAGCUCCAUUUGUUAGCAUCAGUUUUACUCUGAAUCAAGCCAGACGACUCUUCUGUGGUUCUUUGUUUUUUAAAUGUAUAAUGCACAUUCAUGUGUAUAUUUAAGUGUGUUAGGUCUGUCACUCCUUCUGAAAUGUACAUCUUUAAUGUUCACCUUGUCCACUGCAUCUAAGCCAUAUCAGAUUUACUCUGAUGUACAACGGAAAUUCUUUCAUGUAAAACAUGACUUUUUUUUUUUAAUUUAUGUUCCUGUCUAGUGUCUUGUUUACUAUGGGAGUAAAUGAACAUUGUCUCUUC